AUGGCAUCUGUACCUAAACGCCAUACGUACAGUGGCAAUGUAGUUGCUAACAAGAACCACCAUUCUCUUCAUAUGAAUAAUGAGAUUUUGCAUCCUAUACGUAAAAACCAACGAAAACAUGCCACCUUUGGACCAUAUAUAAUUGGUUCCACUUUGGGUGAAGGUGAAUUUGGUAAAGUUAAGCUGGGCUGGACUAAAGCGUCUUCGCCUACCGAAGUUCCUAAACAAGUUGCAAUAAAACUUAUUAGAAGGGAUACAAUUAAGAAAGAUGCUGAUAAAGAAGUUAAAAUAUAUCGUGAAAUCAAUGCUCUGAAACAUCUAACUCAUCCUAACAUCAUUUAUUUAGAAGAAGUUUUGCAGAACUCAAAAUACAUUGGGAUAGUGUUAGAAUUUGUAUCUGGCGGAGAAUUUUAUAAGUAUAUUCAACGGAAGAGAAGAUUAAAGGAAUCUUCCGCGUGCAGACUGUUCGCCCAAUUAAUUAGUGGUGUCAAUUAUAUGCACUAUAAGGGACUUGUUCAUCGGGACCUGAAACUGGAAAAUUUAUUACUGGAUAAACACGAAAACCUAGUCAUUACUGAUUUUGGUUUUGUGAAUGAGUUCUUUAAAGAUAAUGAAUUAAUGAACACUUCUUGUGGUUCCCCAUGUUAUGCAGCACCAGAGCUAGUUGUUAGUACGAAGCCAUAUGAGGCAAGGAAGGCGGAUGUCUGGUCAUGUGGUGUUAUCCUUUAUGCGAUGCUCGCUGGAUAUUUACCGUGGGAUGAUGAUCAUGAAAAUCCAACGGGUGACGAUAUUGCUAGAUUAUACCAAUAUAUCACACAGACACCCUUGAAGUUUCCCGAAUAUAUAACACCUGUUCCAAGAGAUCUGCUAAGGCGCAUUCUGGUACCGAACCCAAGAAGAAGAGUCAGUUUACGGUCCAUAGAAAGGCAUGAGUGGCUAAAGCCUCAUUAUACGUUCUUAAAUAUUCAGCCAAACUAUUGGGAUGAACAGUUACAAAAGCAACACCCACAGUUGAGUAAUAGGGGUGAUGUUGGUCGUCACUCAACCUAUUCCUCAUCAGCGUCUUCGGACUUGAAAAGCAGGGAUAGAAACACGUUGAUAACAAAGUCGACAAUGGAGCAAUCUCGAAUCUCUUCACAACCUACGACUAACAGAUCUGUAUCAUCAACAUCCAACAACGACUCAAAAUUGGCGUUCAAUAAUAGAAAAGACUAUAGCGUUGCAAGCGAACGUACAAGUGAAUCAAGCAAAUACACAUGUAAUACAAAAAGUGAUGCACAAAUGGAGAAAACAGCAGCUAAACACUCAUUCAGAGGCAAGAAACACACAUCAGUUGCAGGGCUUAUCACAAUUCCUGGCUCCCCUACAACUGCGAGGACAAAAAAUAUACUAUCGGAGCCAACUGAGCAUGUAAGCCGUCCGGACAGGCAAAGAUUUACUCAGGAGGAAUUUCACCGUAUUGGUAACUACCACGUACCUCGUAGCAGACCUAGACCAACCUCAUAUUAUCCUGGGCUCAGUUGUAACGCUGUAGAUAAUAGCUUAUUGGACAUUCCAAUAAAUAAGUUAGAUUCGAACGGAAAGCUGGCAGACAAUAGAAACGUAAUUUCCUUACCAAACUUUGAAGGUAAAUCUUUGAAGGCGGUACAGGAUUCCACCAAAGCUACAGUUUCUAAUAAUUCCAUUGUACUAUUAUCGGAAGGUCCAGCUGCGAAGACUUCCCCAGUCGAUUAUUAUUAUGCGACUGGUGACCUUAAUCAUGGCGACAGACCGACAGCGGAAACAAUCGUUAAAAUGAACAAAGACCUUGCCAAUAAAGCAGUAGAAAAUAGUUUUUCUCAGGAGAAAGUUGACCAGGAGAGCGUUUCGAUAGUUUCAAUUGUCAAAGAUUUUAAUGGCUCUGCCGAUGAAGAAGGUUCAGAAACUCAGCAGGAAAAUGUCGGUCACUCUUCCAAUAAAUCGGAUAUUUCCUCGGAUAAGGAGAAUAAGAAGAAUUACGAAAGGAAGAGGUUUAGCUUCAUGUCGUUAUAUUCGACCUUGAAUGGUUCUAGGUCUACCGUUGAAUCUCGUAACUCAAAAGGGAACGCGAUUCCUGUUUCAUCGAGAAAUCCAUCUGGACAAUCAAAUAAAACAAACACCAAAAUAACGCAGCAGCAGCAGCCACAUAACCUUUCGGAUAGCAGUAUAUUAAAAGUUCCAAAUCCCGAAAAGAACACUAAUGAUGGUAGAAGAAGAAAAAACACUUCCUACAAUGCUGAGAAUAAUCCAGCAAGAUCUGUACGUGCUUCUGUUAUGGUUUCAACAUUACGGGAGGAGGAUGGAUCUGCAUGGUCGAAUAAUGGGGAUAAUAAUAUUGAGGUACAAACUUCAACGGCAAGAAAGGUUUUGAAUUUUUUUAAGAGGAGGAGCAUGAGGGUUUGA